AUGUCGAUGAAAGUCACCACCACCAUUCCGACAGAGCUAGGCUACAAGACAUGCACUGUCGAAGUAUCUCUCGGCGGCGCCGACCUCAACCAUCGCCUCGAAGCGGCGAUCCAGCAGAAGAUCAGCGAGAUCACGCAACAGGUGAAUGCCGAGAUGAACAAGUUCGUUGAGAAGCUCGUGGAGGAUCGCAAGCCGGUCAUCAUCAUGCACAGCCUCAACGGGUUUCACUUCGUCCUUCAUGACAACGUCACCGGUCUGCACUUCGACACCGUCGUUGGUACUCAAGAUGGUUGCACCGUGGAAGCAGUCCUGAAGAGCUUUUGCCAGCAUCACGAUUACCACGUCGAGGAUCUAGUCGCCAAAGUCGCGGGGCAAAGAGUCGAUCCCUCCCGACGUAUGGCCGACUUGGCCUUGUCGAAAGCGGAUCCCUGGGACGUUAUGGUGUUGGAUGUCUACAACAAGCGUUUCCUAGCAAAGUCCGGUAUGAGCUACUUCCAAAGGAACCCGGGCGGGUACCGCGGUGGAGCCCAUGAGGAAAAAGAGCGGCAUGAGCAAUGUGUCGAUCUCGUCAACGCUUUCAUUGCCGAGCGCGGCUCUGUAGCCUCCGCAGGCGGUGUGGCUGCAGAUGGCAAUGCGUUUUACUUUAAGCGCGUUGAUGGCGCAAUCGCUCACCGAUGUGGCGCAGAGGUCAACGGCGGUGAUCAAGCUCACGAUGUUGCGGUGCGUGAAGCAGAUUCCUAG